AUGCCGCCGUCUUCGGCUCUCAGCAAGCGCGGCGGCGACGGAGGGGACGGCAUCCUGGCCGCCAUCUCCCGGUCGCAGGUGGCGGCGCACGGGCGCGAGGCGGCGGCCAUGGCGAAGAAGCUGCUGCGGAGCACGGGGAAGGCGGCGUGGAUCGCGGGGACGACCUUCCUGGUGCUCGUUGUGCCGCUCAUCAUCGAGAUGGACCGGGAGCAGCAGCUCAACGACCUCGAGCUGCAGCAGCAGACGCUCCUGGGUGGCCCGCCGCCGCCAGCAGCAGCCAAGUAG